CGGGAAUAGAAGUGGUAGAGACCAACAAGGAAACCAGGGUGGAGCUUUGAGAGUGGAAUAAUGUCAAACGAUGCGAAACAGCGAGCUGGCGCCAGCGCCAGCGACAGCGAAGACGAAGAGGACGUCUUCCACGACGCCCGCUUCCCCGCCGACGAAGAAACGAGACUUCUAGAGGAAUCCCGCUCCAUAAAAGCCGAAGCCAACAAGCUUUUCUCAGCCGCUAGCUACGACGAAGCCAUCACCUGUUACGAUCGAGCCCUUGCCUCAUGUCCCAACUAUCUCGAUUACGAAGUCGCCGUGCUGCGGAGCAACAUGGCCGCAUGCUAUCUGAAACUAGAAGACUGGAAGGCCUCCGUUGAUUCGGCGACGGCGUGUAUUGAUCGGUUGGACAAGGUGCUUCCUCCGACGCCGGCGGCUGCGGCGGACAGUCAGAAGGGGAACAACGGAGCGGAGACGGCUGCGGAGGAAGCUGUCGUGGAGAUCACUGGGGACAAUGAGGAUGCAGAGGAGGAACAACUGAAGCGCUUGCAGCAACUGGACCAGACAAAGCGCGAUGUCAUGCGGAUUCGCGCGAAAGCGCUUAUGCGACGGGCGCGGGCUAGGAUGCAGCUGGGCGGGUGGGCGAAUCUGCAAGGCGCGGAAGAGGACUACAAAGAGCUGGCGGCCAUGGAUAAUCUCCCACCGGACGACAGGCGCGUGGUGCAGAAAGGUCUCCGGGAACUGCCUGCCAAGAUCAACCAGGCGCGGGAGAAGGACAUGGCGGAGAUGAUGGGCAAGCUGAAAGAUUUGGGAAACGGUAUUCUGAAACCGUUCGGUCUCUCGACUGAGAACUUCAAGUUCGUGCAGGAUCCGAAGACUGGCGGGUAUAGCAUGAACUUCCAAUCUGGUUGAUGAUCUUUGGGAACCACUGGUACAGUACAUAAUUACGCCAUGCAAUUUGGAGUUGGGAUGCAUUCUUCGCGUGGUAGCGAUAGACUCGAAUUAUUUAGCAUGU